AUGUGUUGGCAGGGCCAUGCACCCUCCAGAGGCUGUGGGGGAGGAUCCUUCCUCGUCUCCUCCAGCUUCUGGCGGUUGCUGGCCAUCCUUGGCACUCUGGCUCGUGGCAGCAUAAAUCCAAAAUCACAGUGCCAUCACAUGGCCAUCUCCCUCUAUGUGUGUCAGUGUCUGAAUUUCCCUCUUCUUCUAAGGACUCCAGUCAUUAGAUUACUGCCCAGUCUAAUGCACCACCUCCUCUCUGCUCCAGGGAGCCGGUCCCCACUGACAGCGGGGAGGGACGCAGGCGGAGGCAGCCUGGCACGGCCCUUCUGUGUCCACAAGUCCCACUUUCCAGCGGUGUCCAGUGCUGCCCGAGCCUGCUGGGAGGAGCCUGGCGCAGCACAGGCCAUCCUGGCGGCCACUGCUGCGUUUCCCCAGAGCGCGGCCUCUGUGCACCCAGGUACUCCUGUCACAGACCAUGAGCAACCGGCUCUGGAGGUGACAUUGACGGCCAGCCUGCCACCGCUCUCCAGCAGCCACGCUGUGCGCACAGAGACCUUAGCGGACCAGGCCACCACAUCUUCUCUGAUGCAUCCCUUGCCUAAAGAGGUAGACAUGACAAUGUUGCUUAAGAAUGGACUCGUCACCAACCUGACGCCAGCCCCAUGA